GUUCGCCAUUGUCAACAUAUACCCCUAGCAACCACUAUUCACCCAUUUUAUUCCUGAUUAAUCACUCAUGAAGUCAAGAUGCCUCCUUCUCACUCUCUCGCUAUCUAUAAUAACCAUCGCAGGUGUACCCAUUGAGUCUACUCCGGAACCCAGUGAUAUCGAGCUUCAGUUGCCUCUUCCCUUAAGAGACGCUGGGGUUGAUUCAAUCCAGGCACUAUCGGCUCCUCUUCCCUCAAGCUUCUUGAUUGAAUUUGAUCUACCUGCCGCAGGCUUAAGCCGAUGCUUAAGAAAUAAGUUGGAAAAGCAGGGAGGACUUCAGAAGCUCGCCGCAAACCGCCAUGCCAGCGUCGCUGAGCAGCAUAAAGAUUUUCGAUCCUUCCUGAGUGAUGAACUUCAUGUGAGCUAUGCUCUGCGACAUGAAUUUUUCUCCCUUAUAAAUGGAAUGAGCAUCGAUCUCCAGGGUGUGCCCUCCAGCAAGGUUUCUGGGAUUCUGGACAUGAUCCAAUCAACUCCAGGGGUCAUCAAGGUCUCGCCCUUGGUCUCCAUGGAUCAGCCCAAAGCAAUCAUGCAUGGGAACCAUUUGACUACCCUUGCUACCACUCCUCAAAUCAGCACAGCGCAUGAACAAACAGGUGUCCUGAAUGCGCGCAACGAUCUCAAGCUUUCAGGAAAAGGCAUUAAAAUUGGGAUUAUUGAUACUGGUGUUGACUAUACCCAUGAGGCGCUUGGUUCAUGCUACGGCCCCGGAUGCAAGGUUCAGUACGGACGUGAUUUUGUGGAUCCGCUAACAUCAAAUACGCCUGGAGGCUUUGACUGCGUCGGGCAUGGAACGCAUGUGGCGGGUAUUAUUGCUGGGAACAGCACUGCUUCCGCUUUUUUCGGCGUUGCUCCUCAAGCAACCCUUGGCGCAUACAGAGUUUUUCCUUGCGCAGGCAACUCUAAGGAUGACACCAUCAUUGCAGCAUUAGAGCAGGCGUAUGAGGAUAGCAUGGACAUUGUAAACCUUUCCCUCGGUGGAGGAUCAUCCUGGGCAAACACACCUCUGUCAAAAGCCGCCGCGAAACUUGUUGAGCUAGGAGUAGUUGUAGUGGCGGCGGUCGGAAACGAUGGGGAACAAGGACUUAGCGAAGUCUCAUCCCCGUCUAUUAACCCCAGGGUCAUCUCCGUUGCAAGUUUUGAGGGGCUCGGGUAUCUUGCCAACUACUUUGAGCUCGAGGGAGUUCCAGAUUCUCGCAUUGAUUAUUCCGAUUCGCAGCAGAAGAGCCUUGGAGGCGCGACGUUCCCGCUCGUUUUCCCAGAGCACGACCCUGAAGGAUGCAAGCCAUAUCCAUCGUCUAUCGAAGGAAGCAUCGCAUUCUUGAAGCGAGGAACAUGUACCUUUGUUCUCAAGGCCCGGCUUGCACAGGAAGCUGGCGCCAUUGGAUGUAUCUUUUAUAAUAACGUUCAAGGAGGGCUUCAUCCAAAGGCAGACGACCCGAGUGUCCAUGUUUUCGGCCACGGUAUCUCUUUGCAGCAGGGUCAGCUAAUCCUUGACCAGUUCAAGACCGCCAACAAGAGCAUUAUCAAUGUUGUCUACAAAGAAGAAAAAGGCGUAUUCAAGAAUGAGAUGGCCAACCAAAUAUCAACCUUUUCGAGUUGGGGUCUUGGCCCAUUGCUUGAAAUGAAACCUGACAUUAGCGCACCAGGCGGAUACAUCUACAGUACUGUUCCAGUCGCUAAUGGCUCUUUCGCGAUAAUGUCCGGCACAUCUAUGGCUACCCCUUUUGUCGCUGGCUCUGCCGCGCUGCUACUUGAGGCCGAGCCCAGCAUCGACAGAAGCACAGUCUUAGGACGCCUGCAAACGUACGCUAAGCCCGGGGUUUAUAGCAAAACCACAAUGCCCAACACGGUUGCCAGACAAGGAGCAGGGAUGGUCAACGUUUUCGAUGCCAUACAGGGCAAGGCUUUCGUUCAGCCGACACAUCUCGCACUGAACGACACCGUUCAUACCAAAGGGACCUAUAUCCUUACGCUCACGAACCAGUACAAGUCUGCAGAGACGUUCACGUUGACGCACUGGCCAGCCAUGUCCGUCCUUGGUUACACACCCACCGGCCAGCCUACAGACAAGAUUGUUUACAACGAGACAGCAGCCGAACUAGCCUUUGAUACCGGAAACUCUAUACGUCUCGAGCCCGGCGAAACACGUUCAUUGACUAUUCAUUUCAAACCACCAGCAGCUCUCGAUUUAGAUAGCCAUUGGAUUUAUAGCGGAUUUGUCAAGGUGGAGCCAACGUCGAGCAGUUCACGCCCUGCUUUCCAAGUUCCUUAUGUUGGUAUGCACGGAUCUUAUGGCACUGUCGAUAUGCUGGACCUGCAAGAUGGCUUCCCGAUUCUGUUAGGCCCCAUAAACGAUGGCCGACUUGUGCCGAUCGUGAGCAGGAAAGAUCAGGCCCCACAAACAUUCUCUAUGGCCGGCAAAGGUGUCGUACUCGUCCUUAAGAUCUCGAACCCGUUGCGCAAUCUUCAGAUCUAUGUGAUGGAUGCAGUUAGGAAAAAGAUUGUUGGCAUGGCGCCCAUGGAUGGAGAGCAUGUUGGACGCACAGAUUCUGUCAGGGCGAAAUUUUUUGUGGUGCGCUGGUCUGGCCAAGUAAUCGAUAAAGAAGGCGGUACUAGCAAAGUACCCGAGGGGGACUAUUCCUUCGUUGUUGUCGCUCCAAAGCCCUUCUCAGUAAGCUCCUCGUUGAGCGAUGGGCCGCACGAGAGCUGGAUGUCGGCAACCAUCAGAAUCAAAUAUUAAUGUGCCGUUACAAUAAAGCUAAGAUAUCAGAU